AUGCCUCUAAUCGUUGCAUUCCUCUCAGGCUUAGCCUUCCUAUUCACCUUUAUUCUCCUCGGUGAUAUAUGGAGAUGGUACGGCAUGCCACCAGGGCCAAUUCCCAUCCCUUUUAUCGGCAACUCUCUCCCAAGCGCAAAACCCUGGGUUCAAUUCCAGGAAUGGUCGAAAAGGUACGGACCGAUCUUCACAAUAUGGGUUGGUCGUCGCCCUACCCUCAUAAUCUCCGAUCCCGAAGUGGCGGUAGAUUUGAUGGAGAAAAGGAGCAACAAAUACUCCUCUCGCCCGCGUUUUGUUGUUAUGGGGGAGAUGUACGGAACUGGAACGGUUCUUGUGCAACCCUACGGCAAGGAUUGGUCGAUAAGACGAAAGCUUCUGCAUCGCGCCCUUACUCCGGCCGCUCUAAGGACUUAUAAAUCUCGUCAGGAAGCAGAGGCUACACGGCUUGCCUUUCAGGUAUUCCAGAAUCCCGAGGAGUAUGAAAGGUCAUUUGACAGAUUUACUGCCAGCGUGGUAUUUUCCAUCUCCUAUGGGCACCGUAUCGAUUCUAUGGAUUCUCCGGUGAUUAGGCAGCGGCUGGAAUACAUGCAGUUCAUGGCCUCCUUGAACGUACCGGGAGCUUAUAAGGCGGAGUCAUUUCCAGUGCUGAAACACACUCCAACUUUUCUUGCACCGUGGAAGAGAGAUAUUCAGGAGCAUGCAAAGAUGGAAACAGACGCUAACGUGGAGCUUGUGGAAGGCGUAAAGGAAGAGAUGAGAAUCGCGAAGGAAAAGGGAUUGGAAAUAGCUCCUUCAUUGACCCAAGCCCUACUAACUGUGAAGAACGAGGAAGGGAUUCCACUAUCUGAUAGGGAUUUCUCGUUUAUCCCUGCGUCACUAUUCGGUGCGGGUUCCGAUACUACAGCUUCUACGAUGUGUUCAGCGAUUCUGGCCCUAGUUACACAUCCGGCAGCCCUGCAAGCUGCGCGUGCAGAGAUCGAUGAAGUUGUUGGAUUUAACCGAAGCCCUACGUUUGCAGAUGAGGAACAUCUUCCCUACCUUCGAGCUCUGGUAAAAGAGGUCCUCAGAUGGCGACCAGUUGCUGUAUUGGGAGGAACCCCUCAUGGCUCUUCCGAAAGUGACGUGUAUCAAGGAUGGCGAAUUCCUGCAGGGACGACAAUUCUUGGGAACUCCUGGGCAAUCAAUCUCAACGAGAAAUAUUAUCCCAACCCCCAUUUAUUUGACCCUGCUCGAUUUCUCGAUGAAAAACACUCUCGAUUUGACCCAGCGCUGAAAGGGAAGAAGCAUCCUGCAAAGGCCGGGCAUUCAUCCUUCGGGUGGGGCCGAAGGAUAUGUCCUGGUGCAGAUCUUGCAGCGAAUUCGCUAUUCAUUGCACUCUCAAAACUCAUAUGGGCGUUUGAUAUCGUUGCGACCCAGAAGUAUGAUACAUUUGACUAUACCGAUGGUUUUAAUGUCCGCCCGAAAUCUUUCCCCUGUCUAAUUCGGAUUAGAAGUGAGGGCCAUGAAAGAGUUUUGGCGAAGGAGAAGGAGGCGGCAGAUGAGGAGAUGGCUCGAUUUCCAGCAUACGAAUGA